AUGUCUCAGAAGCUGAUAGUGAUUGCGGGCGUUACGGGAACACAAGGAGGUUCAGUGGCCAGGCAUUUCCUGCCACAUAAAGACUGGCGAAUUCGGGGCAUAACCCGCAAUCCAGAUUCGCCCAAGGCGAAGAAGUUGGCCGAAAAAGGCGUGGAGCUUGCGCAAGGCGACUAUGAUGAUACACAAUCGCUACGUAAAGCUUUCGAAGGGGCUCAUGCAAUCUUUGCAGUUACUGAUUAUACCUCUGUCUGGACCCGAGUUUCCGAAAGCGAAGACUUGAAGAAGAAGGCUGCUGAGCAGGGCCUUACGAUCAACGAGUAUGCUCGUGAGCUCGAGAUCAAGCAAGGGUUGAGUUUGGUAUCAGCGGCAUCAGAUCCAGCAGUCCUCUCGGUCCUAGAGCACUUUGUCUGGUCGACGUUGACAGCGAUCAACAAGAUCAGUGGCGGAAGGUACACCAAUGCUUGCCAGUUCGACUCCAAGGCAGCUGUUGAGGAUCAUAUCCGAGAAAAUGUUACAGAGCUGAGCAAGCGCAUGAGCACUGUGAAUAUGGGAGCGUACCAGGAGAAUGUCCGGGACCAGUCAAUUUUCGCACCUUAUAAGGAAGCCGACGGCAGUGGCUAUUAUUUCGUGAAGCUCAAAUCUUCUGGCCAACACAAGACGAUUCCUGAACUUUGGUCUACUCAAGAUUCCGGAGUAUUUGUAGAACCCUUGGUUCGCCAUCAUCCUCCUGAUACGGAUGUGCUUGGCGCGAGUGAGAUCUUGACCAAAGAUGAGUAUGCCGAGAAAUGGGGUCGUGUGCUCGGAGUCAAGGCCUCGGCUAAAGCGCUGACGGAGGAAGAGCUCAAGCCACUGCUGCCGGAGGGUUUUGAAGACGAGGUGUUUGAGUGGUUCCACUUUGUCCCAGAGCAUGGAUACACGGGCGGAAAUCCCAAGGUGAAGACGCCGCAAGAGCUGGGAAUCAAGACAACUCCGCUGGAGCGAUUCUUUGAGAGCGAAGACUGGAGCCAGUACCUGUAGAUGACAGUGAAGAUGAGGACAGUGUAGGGUCAGAGUGCAA